CCGUUGUGAUUGGUGUCACGUAACACAAGAACAGCAGUCGCACUUUCGACAUUAAAGGAUCACUUCCAGAUAUCUGGUUGUCGCUGAUACAUUUGGACUAAUAAGAAGCGACACGUCACUGAUAACCGGACAGGACGAGACGUGGGCAACUAGUUGAGCGAGAUAUAGAAAAGGGGGGACCAACCGCAAAUAAAACAUGGGAGGCUUAUUCUCUAGCAUCUUUACCAGUUUGUUUGGCACAAGAGAGAUGAGAAUCUUGAUUCUUGGUCUUGAUGGAGCAGGGAAGACUACCAUACUUUACAGAUUACAAGUGGGAGAAGUUGUUACUACCAUACCAACAAUUGGCUUCAAUGUUGAAACUGUGACGUAUAAAAACCUUAAAUUCCAAGUAUGGGACUUGGGAGGACAAACAAGUAUAAGGCCAUAUUGGCGGUGUUAUUAUUCUAAUACAGAUGCAGUGAUAUAUGUGGUAGACAGCUGUGACAGAGACAGAAUGGGAAUUUCCAAAUCAGAACUUGUUGCAAUGCUAGAGGAAGAAGAGCUGAAAAAGGCCAUAUUAGUGGUAUUUGCAAACAAACAGGAUAUGGAACAAGCAAUGACACCCACAGAAGUUGCAAAUUCACUUGGUUUGCCAGCUCUUAAAGACAGAAAGUGGCAGAUUUUCAAAACAUCUGCAACAAAGGGCACUGGGCUAGAUGAAGCAAUGGAAUGGUUGGUAGAAGCACUGAAGAGCCGACAGUAAAUAGGUUGUGGCACGUUGUUUAGCUGCAUUGGCUUCAUUAUCCACUCUGCAUUUACGUCCAGUUUGACUGAGGAAAUGUGCUGAAAAGUUAAAAAUUGCAUCCCAAGUUACUGAAGACCAUUAAAUAAUACAAGCAUUCAAAUAAUUUCUUAUGGAUUGUACAGAGAGGGGCAAAGUAAGAAAACUCCUAUGGGAUUGCUUUCUGUGACAGGACAUUGAGGAACAGAAAAGAAACACCACACUGUAUUGUAAAUGUUUCCUUUAUUUCUUUUGUUGCAUUUUAUUUACUGGUGUUAAGAAUGUUCUUUAUUUAUGUUGAUUUUUGUUGUUUUUGUUGUGAAUGUGUGUGGAUUUUUUUUUAAAAUAAUGGACCUUUUUUAUCUGGGUGUCAUAAGUGAUUUUGUGAGAGAAAUGUUUUGGGCAACUGAUCUUGUUAUGUUUCUAAGAGAUUUGAUCAUUUAUACACACUAACUGAACCUGGAUGCACUGGUUUCUGGUUCUAAAUUUCAUGUUUGUUUAUCUUCAUUUACAGUAGAUAACUAAUAUUAAAUAUGAGAGGUGAAUGCUAUGGAAAAAAUAAAUCAUACAGUUACUA